CCCAGACGCGGGUAGCCACAUUUCUUAUCCAGGAAUUACACAACUGAGACUGGAUAUUUGGUUACCCCGAAUGAAGGUAGAGAUAUCAACAACCGUAUACAUGUCGCGGAAAAAGUUGGUACAGCUCAGUUGGCACAAGUGGUAGCUAAUGUUCGCCGGCUAACGCUAACAUUAGCAAACAGACUGCUGAACCAAACUGAACAAGUUUGAAGAAGUUGGUGAUUUUACUUAUCAUGAGACCACCACCGUGAAUGUGGACAUCUAGACACACCGGGUCGUUUCCGUAAAGGUGAACGGGAGAGAUGAGGAGCAGCAAGAGAACUGAGGCGUCUCUUAAAAGCUCUGCUCCGCAGCUCACUGAUCAUAAUAUUGGCACAGAGCUGACAACUGCAUGGAAAAGUUUGGCUCAGUCCAAAGCUGCUUUGCGGCAUAUAGAAAACUGUAUAGAGGCAACUCCAGGGUCAUCGGUUCUCCUGGACUCUGUCAUGGACCCCCCCAGGAAGAAAUCCUCCAGAACAGUCCACUGCAGGGAUGGACAAGUUGAUGACAUUGGAGGGUCUUCAAAGCACAGGGGGCAUAGUCAACAAAGCCCAGAAAAGAGUAACUCUCGCAGCCCGCUGAGAAAUGCCACUCAGGACAGCAAUGUCCGCAAGAACAACAGUGUGGAGUUCAGGGAACCACUGGCCUCAUACAGAGAGGCCACCCCACCACCACACCCCUCCUCUCAGCUGGAGGCCUACAGUCUGCAGUCAGUGCCAGGGUCUUCGUACCCACCCUCUCCACCUCCCUCAGAUCCUCUGCUUAGCCAGCUGGUCUACCAGCGAGACACCAGGGACAAACAGACAGACAGGGACCUGGACAGCACACACUCCUCGGCUCUGGAGAGCACCGAGGUCCGCUACCUCAAUGACCAGCCAGCCCUAGACACCCUGAGGACUGUUGCAAACCUGUCACAUCCGACAGGUGUAAGAGUCUCAGCAAGGGAGGGGGCUAAGGAGGACAGCACUCCCAAAGCACAAUUUUCCCAGAGCAUGGACAGCCAAGAGUCAAGCUCAUGUGUAGCUCCAGCCCCAGGCUACACACGUCGAGGGGAGAGCACUCCCUCCACCAGCCCUGGCUCAGCUUCCCAGCGGUUGGAGAACCUGAGGCGACAUCAGCCUGAUGAUAAGCUGGAGAAGCUCAAAGAGCGUAUUCGAAGGCAGAGACAACAUCUGGAGGAGGCUGCAGAGAGAGAGAAGCUGUUGGGUUAUCUAGAACAGCCCAUAAUGGCCACCGUGGGGAGUAACAAUAGUGGUACCAGCAACAUGCCCUCAGCCAAAAUACGGAAAGUAACAGCUGCACCACCGGCACCUAUAUACAAAGGGUUCAACAGUACUGAGACAAAGAUCCAGACUCCUGACGGGAAAGUUUGGAAAGAGGAGGAGUUUCAUAACCUCAGUAGAGAAAUAUACAGAGACUUGUCACGACAGUUUGCUGAGAGCACAAGAUCCAGGCAUCAGCAGCAAAGGGAACCGAGAACAGACAGACCUAAAGAGAGGAGGGCUCCCAAACCAGUCAGGAAGGUCCACAGAGCUGCUGCCGCCUCUGACCUAAAUGCAAAACCAGUGAUUAGCCCUGCUUCGUGGCGGGAGGGCCAAAAGCUGGUUAAGAUGGUACUGGGUCCAGUUCCCAGGCUGCCCAGAGAGGACAGGUCUCCACCAGAUGACAGACUGAGCAGAACAGCUUCCCGUCACCGCUCCAGUUCACACCCACGCUCAGAAUCAAACCAACGAUCUCGUCCUAAUAGCACAGAAAGGUCUUGCAGUACAUUUCAGGGGCAAUCCAGAGGCCACUCCACAACCACAUAUACCCCCCCAUGUGCAGCUCAGGACAAAACGCCAGUGGGUGUAAGCACAGACCUGUUGUCAGUGGAUAUCCAGGGCAUACUUGAUGACCUUCAGCUGGAGUGCAAAGCCGCGGAGAAGGAUGAGAGGGCCCGACAAAGGUCCCGAGGAGGGAGCAGUGGUGUAAGAGGGAGAGGGGGCUCAUGGUCACGAACAAGGACUCCAGUCUCUGCUUGGGGAACUACUGUGCCAACAGGUAGCUCCUCAAGAGGCUGCCGCAGUGCCAGCCCCACUACACACAGACCAGAGACUGUUAGCAUGGCUGACAGGGGGCAGAAAAAGCGCCACUAUGAUGCAGAUAGCGUUCGCCAGUACAUUGCCAGGCAGCAAGAGGACAGAAAGAGGCGUCAAGCUGAAGAGAAGAAGGCAAUGAGGGAAGAGGCAGAGAAGAGAAACCAGAGGCUACAGGAGCUUUACAGGAAGCAAAGAGAAGCUGCUAAAACAGUGGCCCUUCCCAGCGAGGCACCUGUAGCACCUGUACAAAAGCGAUUACAGGAGACCUACAACAAACUGCUGCUAGAAGAGGCCCAGCUGGGCGAAGAGGCCACACAGACACAACUUACUGCUCCUUCUAUUCAAAUGAGGCAGAUGUACCAGCCCUCAGGAGAGUCGGAUAAAGAGAAUAAAAGACUAGAGCCACCACAGAGCCCCUCAAGCAGUGAUAGGUCUUUGAAUGAUCAGCCACCUCCGCUAUUAUCCAGGAAUGAUUUGGAUGUUGGAGUUUCCUCCUUGUUUCAGCCCGACCGCCUGAGCCCAGCUGUUCGACCCAGCAUUGGUCCUAACAGCAGUGCACUAGCACCUGUUAAUGACCAUCUCCUUUCCCAGCUUCUCAGGCUGGAAUCCACGGUUGCAGCUGGUGACAUCAGGCACACUCAGCGACCAGCCACUUCACCUUCCAAAAGGUCACAAUCCAAAAUGUCCCGCAUAGAGACCCUAAAGGCCACAGCCGCGUCCCUCUCUAACCGUAUAGAGAGUGAGGCACGGAAGCUUGCUUGGGAAGGAAUCAAUUAUGGUACAGCAACUUCAAUGGAUGUGGAUUCUAUCUUGGCUCCUAGGUCCUCUCAGGCUAAUCUUGAUGAUGGACGCUGGGCAGAAACAUCUCCUCGUGCCCCAACAGAAAAUAAUGACAUGGCACUGAGAAUCCAGAGGAUUUUGACUAGCACAGGUCAUAGCUCAUUCAAUGGCAACACUCUUCCAGGAGUAGGAAAUAUGCACACCUUUAGGGGACAGAAAGAAAAGAAUAGUAAGCGCCCCAGUUUGACCAAUCCACAAACAACUUCUGCUGAUCUAACAGGGCACAUCAGUAACAAAUAUACACAAGACAGGAGGAAGCUUGUCAAUGGCUUGGAGAAGGUAGAGAGUAUAGAUAAAAUGCCACAAAGGAUGGAGUAUGGAGCAGUGGAAGACAAGGGAGAGAAACAGACGGACCUCCAUGACUCAAGUGCAGGCUCCAUCAGUGAGGGUCCUCUGCUGAGUGAAGGCAGUUUCUCUGAGGAUGAAGCAAGCCCCGCUCACCCCUCCAGCCAUCGUGUACCUAGACCAGCAGAUUGCCUGGAGGCAGUGGAUGUCUGUCCAAGUCAAAGAAAAGAUUACCAGCGUCUCUCUGAGUUCCGGAGGGAGGCAGCAAAGUGCUCGGCCCUCAGUCCAACCUUUGUUCAGCAGGACAGCAGCAAAGCAGCCUGGGAGGAGCUGAACAAAGGAAGCCCUCUAAGUGUAAUCAACAUUUUCACCAAGAACCUUCAAGGGCAACAUAAAGCGAGUGAGAGAAACUCUCCCUCUGCACAUUCUGCCCACUCUGGAAAUUACUCAAGAGAUGCAGCAGUCUAUGAAGAUGACUUUGUGUCAUCUCACAGCAGCGGAGCCAGUGGUCAGUUUAACAGAGGCUCCAAUUCACCCAGUGUGAACAGUCACUUUGAGGAGCUGAUGAGGAGAUCUCCUUAUGAGAAAAAUACAGGUGGCAUCAGUUCCCACCAUUCAUCCUUCCAUUCAUCUGUUCACUCACCGCAUCUUUCCUCUGGUUCCCCAUCUGGUUCUUCAGCCCUCUCAAAGCACUCCUCUAGAAAAAGAGGCACAGCAUCAGACCAAAGUGAUGCCACUCUGGUGGAAGAGCAGAGAAGUUCCUGCUCGCCCCCCUCAGAAGCACCAUCCUCUGACUCCAGGAAGAGAAGCUCAGAAAAAAGCCCUGCUCACAGCCAAGCCAAGAGUGUCCACUCUAAUGACACAUUAGGGGAAGCUUCAGGGCAUUCUCACCAAAGUUUGGGGCUGGAUGGUAAGAAGUCUCCAGCAGCACAACCCAGACUGGCUUCUCCCUCUGGCUCUGGUUCUCCUCCAGGAGCAGGUUCUCCCUGUGAGCCUCUGAGAGGUGGCUCUCUGCCGGGGGCAACUAACCUGAAUACAGCAACCUCAGCCCGCAGUGGUAGAGCAGAGACCAGGACCACAAGUGAACUACAAUAUUCACCCGCUGUCCUGCAGCAACGUAUGACAGCAGAGCUCCAGUACCUGGAAUCCAUUGAGGAGUCAGUCCGACAGCUGGGAGACGUAGAAAGGCUAAUGGGUGUGUCCAUGGCUCAGCAAGAGAGUGCGUCAUUGGCCCAAAUGCUCAAGGUCAAGCAGCAGCGCCAUGAGCGUGACCUUUACGAGCUGAAGAUCAAGGCUGAGCGAGAAGCUCUGGAGACAAAGCUACAGCUGGAGGAGAACAGACAGAGGGUGGCCAGGGCUCAUAUUGAGCUGCAGGAAAGCUUGGCAACGACUCAAAAAGAGACUUUGGAGGGCCUCCAGGAUGCAACUACAAAGAUGAUGAGUCAACAGGCUGAUGCAGCACGUUACACUGCCGAUGCUGCCCGACACAUUAAGGAGAUGACAGAACUGGUUCAGUCGCAGAUAGCAGGAGCUUUGACUGUCCCUCCUGUUGCCACUGAUUCCUCCACAUUGAACCAGGACCAACAGGAAGAAAAGCAGAGCUUCUACACAGAGCAACAACAUGACAAAUCUGAUUCUGACAGCUUCCAGAGUCAGGAGUCAAGCAGAAUGACCAAGCCAGAGGAACCACUGUCUUCACUUAAUAGCCUCAGUCACUCUGACUCUCUGUCCUUCAGAAGACCCAACCUCAGUGGAGCAGACUCUAGUAGUCACCAUAGCCCGUCGCUUGUGUCUUCAGACCAUACAGAGCGGAUGAAAAGAGAGGCGGCAGAGUUAAAAUGGAGGAAGGGGACAGGUGAGGAGAGAACAGAGAGAGAAGCAGGCAGCAGUUCCAUCGAGGAAGAAGUUCCUGCAGCAGCUAAUGACUCGCUCUGCAGUGAGAGCAUCCCUUCUGUCGUGGAUGAGAAAGGUGACAGUACAUCAGUUGCCACAGAAUACUCUCUCAAGUUUGAUGAGUCCAUGACGGAAGAUGAGAUAGAGGAGCGCUCCUUCCGUUCUCUGCUGCCAUCUGAGGCACACCGCCGUGGGACUUUGGAGAAGAAGCCCCGCCACCAUGAAGAAUCAGAGGACGAUGGUGCAAAUCACAACACGACAUUGGUUCCUGGGGUACACAGUACCUUAAAGGAUGCGAGUAUUGCCUUCUCUGGUGGACAGGACAGUUUUUCCCAGUUCACCAUGGACAUGGUGCGUCAGUACAUGAAGGACGAGGAGGUGAGACUGCAGCAUCAGAGCUCUCUGCUGCAUCUUCGCCAGAAAGCUCUCAAGGAAAAAACGAGGACUGAGUUGGCUUGGCUUGAGCACCAGAAAAAGAGGCUGAGGGACAAGGGGGAGGAUGACAAAAUGCCACCUCUUAGGAAGAAGCAGAGGGGCCUUCUGAUGAAACUACAGCAGGAGCAGGCUGAGAUCAAGCGGCUUCAGGAGGCCAACAAAGCAGCAAGAAAAGAAAGGCAGCUGUUACUAAAGCAGCAGGAGGAGAUUGAGCGGAUGAGAAAUUCUACACUGAGACUGAAGGAGCGUCUCAAGUGUGCUGGGGGUGAAGUGCCAUCUGAGACUCCAGCAUCAGAAAUCCCUGUGGCAAAGGCAGCCUCCUCCAACAUGAUGCGCUCCGAUGAUGUCCGCAGCCCCUCUCCCUCGCUCUCCAUCUCAGGAAGUGAGACAAGCAGCAUCAUGCAGAAGCUCAAGAAGAUGCGCUCUCAUAUGGAUGAAAAGUUCCUGACAAAACGAGAGCAGCAGCUGAUGCAGAGGCGUCACCAUGCUGAGGAGCUGCUACAGUGGAAACAGCGGCUUGACCAGGAGGAGGCAGAGGUCCGCAGGAUUGAAAAGGAAGCCUUGGCUGUCUGGGACAAAGAUCGUGCUGUGUCAGAGAGUCAGAAAAAGGAGAUCUCUGAUACUAGUGCCAGCAGUCACCACCGAAACUCAGAACCAAGAACUGACAGUGAAAAAGAGUAUUUGAGUGAGGUUGACACCCCCUCAUUGACACCUGAGUCCAGCAUACACACAGAGGGACAGGGGUCCCAACAAUCAAGAAGCCCAUCUUCAGCACAGCCUGUCUCGGUCCCUGAAACACCUUUUGCAUCCACCCAGAACAGCCCUGCAAAUUACAGCCAGGACUUCACGUCAGCUUCACCCAGUGUAGUGGCUUCUCCAUGCAGAGUCAGCCACAGCCCUGCUCUCCCUCCUUCGGAUGGCAGCAGGAAAGCCAAGAUGCAGCUUCGCUCCUCCUCCCGGACCCCCAACCAGACCCGAAUUCAGCCCACUGACACCCCUAUGGCCAUGCAGAGUGAACCCAUUUCAGACCAGAGUGAUAUAGAGAGUCGUAUCACGGCCUUGAAGGAAGAACUCAGAAAACGGAAGUCUAUGGCCUACCAGCUCAAGAAAGAGCAGAAGAAGAGGCACAAGGAGCGCCUGAAGGCACAAGAGGCCAGCCUACUGAAACAACUGGAGAACUAUAACAACUUCAUUGAGAAAACAAAGGCAGAACUGAACAAGGAGCCAGACUCAACACCUGAUACCAAGUCCCAGAUCAGAGAGUCCACCUCAGUAGUGGAGCAGUCCAGUAUUCAACCACCUGCACACAGGUCUGAAACCAGCACAAUCUCUGACUCUAAAAGGACACAAAUCAGUGCUUCAUUAGAUCACAAUGCCUGUCCUCAACCAGAUUAUGUUAGAUCCACCUCAGUGCCUGAAGAAUUGUCUGAUGAAGAUCCGCCAACAGUCACUCCAACCCCAGUACAUGGCAGCCCAGAGGGUCUGAGCUCAAUACUGAGAAGCCAUCAAUCCACAGAUGGUCUUUUAAGACCUUCCUCGAAGGAAGCUCAUGCACAGAUAAUAGAGUCUGGGGAUGAGGACCUUGUGUCUGAUCAGAGAUCCGACAUUCAGGAAGAGCUGGAGGUUGAAAUCGGCCACAAUUUGGAGGAUCAACAUUCUGAACGUCUUCUCAAACUAGAAAAGGAAGACCGACUUGAUUCCCGGGAGAAUCUCUCUACAUCUAAACUUGACUCCCCAACCAUAAGUAAAGAACAUCCAUUUGUUAGCUUAGAACAAGACAAACAAUUAAAGACGCGGGAAUCAUCUGAAUCAGAGGAAGAUGUAAAAUCUAUCACUGCCUCUGACAAGUCACAUUCAGCUGCAGUGGAUCUCAAAACCUCACAGCAUGCUAGUGUCAGCCCCUCAUUCAGUAACCAUUCCCGUUCCAUUCAUUCAGAUGCCUUCUCUUCAAAGGAGUUGGCACCCAUAAAGGACACCGAGGCCUCUUCACCCGUGGCAGAUGGCUAUCAUGAUGACUUUGAGUCAUCGGUGGAUUCAUCGCUCAGGGAGGAGUGUCGUAGUCCCAAGCCAGCCUCUUCAAUAUCUGUUUCCCCGACUGAAAUCAAGGACUCUCCAAGCAGAGCUAUGCCGUUUGACAACCAAGAUAAGGAGGUAGAGGAGGCAAUAACUGAAGAACUGAGUCACCAUACAGGGACUAGUGGUUCUAGCCAUCAAACUGGAAACCUUCUAGAUCUUCAUAAGCAGACAGAAGACUUAAAGCAAGAGAGCAAGAGCUUUAAUUCUAGCCAUUCACCCCCCAUCUCUUGUUUGCAGACCCCCCCCUCUCCUGUUAUAGAUGAAAUGCCAAGUUUUAACAUUGGAGACCGAGUGCUUGUCGGCGGUGUUCAACCCGGCACUCUGAGAUUCAAAGGUUCUACCAGCUUUGCCAAUGGCUUCUGGGCUGGUGUGGAAUUGGAUAAGUCUGAAGGCAGUAACAAUGGCACAUAUGAUGGGGUGGUGUACUUUGAAUGUGAUGAGUGUCACGGUAUCUUUGCUCCCCCUGACAAGAUCACACACCUGCCAGACAAAUAUGAGACGUACGCAGACACCACAGAGGACGAGGACUCAUUCUUUGAUGAUCUGUCAGACAAAGGUGGGGAUAAGCGUAAAUCAGACGAAGGCAAAUCCCAAAGACAAGGAAAUCUGGAGACUAAAAACGGACAAACUUCUCAAAAGGACUUUGGGUUUGGAGAUAAAAAGGUUAUGGAUGAGUCUGUUCACCCGAAUCACCACCACACACUGAAAGGCGUAUCCCACCUCAAUUCGCAGCAUCACAAAGAAUCAAAGCACCCGAUUUCUAAUGGAAAGAGCGGGGACAUAAUUUUGAAUUUUGAAGAUGCGCCAACCACUCUCCUCAUCUCGGACUUAGACCGGAUCAGUCCCGGGAAGCAGAGUCAGAAGGAGAUUACUGACCUUGUCGAGAGUAAAGAUGUAGACUCCAACCAUCAUUUAACUCCUGCUGACAUUUCCACAGAUAUCAGGGAUGAUAAGGCCGAGCAGAAAGAAAAGGUUUCACUGGAUACAUUUGCAGACCAGCUCCUUAACAACUUUGUGAAAGACACGGUUAAGCAGUUUGCUCAGAUUAAAAAGGCUAAAGAGCAGAAGAUAGAAGCUGCCAACCAGAUAAAUGGAGACCUCUUUGAAAAUGCUGAAAAAGAAGAAGAAGAAUGGGUCCCUUCAGUGGAACAAAAAGAUGGUCUGCCUUUCUUUCUACCUGCAGAAAAAGAGGAACUUUCUUCUCCAGAGCUUUGUAACCGACCGGAGAGUCCGGUGUUGGGAGCCAGUGGUCAAGAAGAGCUUGCCAAGCGGCUAGCGGAGCUGGAACUGAGCCGUGAACUACUAGAUGAGCUGGGUGACGAUCAGGACUGGUUUGAUGAGGAUUUUGGCCUCAGCUCCCGCAGGGAACAGCAGAGGCUCAAACAGAAACAGAGAGAGGAAGAGGAAGAGGAAGAGGCGAAGUUGGGAGGAACAGCCCUGGGGGGGCUGAUCUCAUCAUCAGGCGGGGAACAGCAGGUAAAGACUCCGCCUAGACCUGAGCUUCCUCUUCCCAUGCCCCCUAAACUACCAGAGCAGCCUGCCAUGGUGGUGCCCCACUCAGCCACAGAGGUAGAGAAGAUGGUCCAUGCUGCCACUCAGGAGAUCUGGGAGAGCUGUGGCCUGGGGAAGGAGGGAGCACCAACACUGGCAAAACUGCCCUGUCCCACACCUUCACAAGAGUAUUUGGGUAAAGAAGCCACCAGCCAGGACCAGGAGGCCCUAUGUAUCUGCAGCUACAGAAAGGCUGUGUAUGACCUGACAUGGGAGAUCCUUCAGGACGUCUAUGCUGAAGACCCCAAUGCUGAUCAGCCUCAGUGGGUCAAACCACGGCGUGCCAAGUCCUCCUUUUUCCACAGAGUCAAGACACCAGGAGACAUCACCAAAAUCCAGGAAUUCAUCUCAGCCGAAGUACUGAAAUUGUACGGUCUGACAAAAGAUCACAGUCAGAAGACCGACUGGCAGAAGAUGCUUAAAUUUGGCAGAAAGAAACGGGACAGAGUCGAUCACAUACUGGUACAAGAACUCCAUGAGGAGGAGGCCCAGUGGGUCAACUACGACGAGGACGAGCUGUUUGUCAAGAUGCAGCUGGCAGACAGCAUCUUUGAAGCAUUGCUUAAGGACACUGCAAACGCUCUGAGUCUAAUCUCUGAGAAGAGAGCCAAGAGAGGUAGCCUCUCCUGACAGCUUUCCUGCUGUGGUUUGAAACUAUAACUUCUAGCUCGAUCCCAGUCUUUCCUCCCCAGUAAAUUCCAGCCAACCCACCGCCGCUCGGUCUUCCACCAGCUGAUGUGCCAACAGCAACCCUCAGAUGCCUUCAGUCCCAGCAUUACCUCUCAGCUAAACAACUCCUACUUAUUUCUGAAUCUGAUUUGCUGAUUUUGCUUCAGCUAAUAGUUUUUGUAAUUUAUUUUACACACAAAACGCCUCUUGAGCAAUCCAGCCUUCUUAAACCGUAACACCAUCUAGUCUCAGUUCUCAUCUCCUGCACUGGUCCUUUUGUUAAUGCCAGUUGGAGAAUGAGUAGAUGUUUUGAUAGGAUGGACUGUGCCAUUUGGUUAGCAUGUAGUCCAUCAGUGCUGCUAAGUUUAUGGUUCCAU